CUCAACGAACAUUUAAAUCAGCUGACACAAAUGAACGUUUUGAUGAUUUUUGUGUCUGAAUAAUUUUUUUUUUCAUUUUAUCAUCUUAAAUCCUGAUGAUAUCUUUUGAUGAAAUGGAUGAUCAAAUUAAACAAGAAUCUAAGCAACAGCAGCAGCAGCAAUCGGAAACGACAACAUCGUCCACUACACAAUACAGUAUUGGUGAUUUGAAUGUAAAUUUUCUGUCACAAAUCUAUGAAAUAAUGCGAUGUCUGGAAAAAGAAACACAAGAAAAUUCUGUUACAAAAACUGUUGGUAAUAAACAAACAUCAGUAUCAUCAUCAGCAGCAGUAUCAGUGGCAACAACACAACCAACAUUAUCAACAUCUGAAUAUGUUGGUAAAAUGAAUCGUUUACGUGAAACAUUCGAACAAUUUCGUCAACAAAUACCAUUGGUACCUGGAUCGAAUGUAACAAAAGAUGAACAAUUACAAACACUUGGAUCAUUACGGCAACAAUUGAUAAUGAAAAAAGAUUUAUUAUUAAAAUAUAAGAAAAGUACAAUUGUCGAUCAUAUUCCAUCGCAAAUACAAUCGACCAGUGGUAACAGUAUUAUUAAACCAUGAUGAUGAUGAUCAUAAUAAAAUUAAAAAAAAUUCUUGUAAAUAAAACAAAAAUUGCUUUGGCCUUUGUGGGUGUGUAAAUCACAGUUUUCAUUUCAAU